AAACUCUACAAAUCUUAAUUUAGAAAAAUAUUGCUAAAAAACGCUACCAUCAUCUGACAAUACAGGGUUUCCACAAACCUUCAAUUUGUUAAAAAAACGUAAUAUAUGCAAAGCACAAUAAAGUGCAAUAAAAUGAAGUCUACCUAUACAUCUUUGUGCCAGAAACAGCCCAGAAAUGUGUUAGUGGGUUUGGUUUAUCUCACACAGGAUUUAAUCCCAUUUUGAGUCUGCAUUUAAACUGGGAGUUUUCACCUAAAAAUCCAAAUAUUUAGAUUCUGGGAAGUGACCAAAUUGGCAGGCAGUGUUGGGCCUGUGUCCCCCACUGCUUCCGGUGGCCUUGUAUCUGCUCCAUCUGCCACAUGGCACUGUUACAUUUCUUGUAGAGAGAAAAUCUCCACACUCAAGUCACUCUCACACACAGUAAUACAGAAGAAAACCCAAGAGGGACAUGUUUAAAGAAAAAUGGGAGAGCGCAUAUGUCUUUGUGGAAAGCAAGAAUAUUCCAGAAUGUUUAGUAUCUGUGUCAAAAGCCCAUUUUUACCUUCCUCUCUGACCCUUGUGGGUAUUUGAGCAGGUGACCCCAGGCCCGGAGUGGGUGAUAGUCUGAGGGGGGACUUUUGCCAUUCCAGGGACUGGUGGUGGUUGUGGGUUCUGUGUGUUAUGGACUGGACUGUGACCCCCAGAACUCACACUGAAGCCCUAUCAUGACUGUAUAUGGAGACAGGGUCUAUAGGAGGUAAUUAAUAUGAAAAGAAGAGAGAGAGCACCGUUUCUUCCUACCAAGUGAGGGCACAGGGGAGGCACCAUCCAUGAGCCAGGAAGAGAGUCUUCACCAGGAACCGAAUCUGCCAGCACCUUGAUCUCGGACUUCCCGCCUCCAGAACUGUGAGAUAUAAAUGUCUGUUGACUAAGCCCCCUGUCUCUGGUACUCUGUUACGGCAGCCCAGCAGACUCUGACACUGUGUUUUUCCCAAGAGAAGUAUGUGAAUCAUCACCCUGUCCUGAGCCACAACUGAGCCGACCUUGAACAGGAGACUUUCCAGACUUGACUACAUCUCCACGGAGCCCUGAAAACAUCUUUCCCAGUGUCUGGCCAGAGGUGCAGGGAGAGACAGGCGUUAUCUCCAGGCCGGGGAAAGGGCAAGGGCCGCCAGGAGCAAUGGCGACCGCUCCCGGCUCUCAGCCUCUGGCCCCCCUGGAGCAGGAGGGUGACAUCCUCGAGGGUGAUAUCCUCGUCGUGAAGGUGGAGGAUGACUACUGCUGGGAAGAAGAGCCCUCCUCGGAGGCGGAAGACCCCAGCCCUGAAACCUUCCGCCAGCUCUUCCGGCUGUUCUGCUACCAGGAGGUGGCGGGACCCCGGGAGGCCUUGAGCCGCCUCUGGGAGCUCUGCUGCCGCUGGCUGCGGCCCGAGCUGCGCACCAAGGAGCAGAUCCUGGAGCUGCUGGUGCUGGAGCAGUUCCUGACGGUGCUGCCGGGGGAGAUCCAGGCCCGGGUGCGGGAGCAGCAGCCAGAGAGUGGUGAGGAGGCCGUGGUCCUCGUGGAAGGGCUGCAGCGGGAGCCCAGGAAGCAGAGGCCGCGGGAUCCGGAGUUGCUCCCUGAUGAUGCGCUGUCCCAUGGGACAGAGGAGUGGUUCUCGAAACACCAGGUGGAAGCCCAGCCAGAGGAGCUGUCCCUGGGGGAAGGGGCUCAAGACUCCAGCCAGCCACCCCCAGCCCAGCUGAGCCGUAGGCCAAGAGGAGACCCCUCGCUCUGGCCAAAGAGGGGCCCAGCAGCUUCACGGCAUCAGGAGACAGCAGCCCUGGCCACAUCCUUCCUUUCAGCCUGGUCCCAGGUGCCAGUGACCUUGGGGGGCGUGGCCGUGUACCUGUCCCAGGAGGAGUGGGGCUGCCUGGACCUGGCUCAGCAGGACCACAGCUGCGACGUGCUGCUGGAGGAUGCAGGUGCCGUGGGGAGACGCCGUCAGACGCCGCGCUGUGUCUCAGAGUGGGCGAGUCUCUGGGAGGGUGCCCCCUCCUUCGGGCUCAUUGAGGGACUCCCCACGCCUGGGCCCUGUCUGACUGCCCUGCAGGGGCAAGGAGAAGGCCCGUGGGACCCAGCUCGAGCAGCCUCAGGGCCAAGGGAGGUCUCUGGUGGAGCCAGUUCAGGGCGUGGAAGGCGCUUGGAGGCUGGAGAGGACGCCCGGGAGGAUGCGUCACUGAGCACAGGGUGGGCCCACGCGCGCCCAGAUCUGGGUCCCGGGCCCGGCCAGACCAGACCCCAGCAGCCUCAGGACAGAGCGGGGCCCCUCGGGGUCCGGAAGCCACACGCAUGCCCCGAGUGUGGCAAGGCCUUCCGCAAGACGUCGCACCUGGCCAAGCACCAGCGCACGCACACGGGCGAGCGGCCCUACCAGUGCCAGGUGUGCGGGAAGCGCUUCGGCGACCGCUCCAACUGCAGCACGCACCAGCGGGUGCACACGGGCGAGAAGCCCUACGCCUGCGCCGAGUGCGGCAAGCGCUUCAGCCAGAGCUCCAGCCUGGUCAUCCACCGCAGGACGCACACGGGCGAGCGGCCCUACCAGUGCCAGCUCUGCGGGAAGCGCUUCAACAACAGCUCGCACUUCAGCGCGCACCGCCGGACGCACACGGGCGAGAAGCCCCACACCUGCCCGGCCUGCGGCAGGGGCUUCCGCCGGGGCACCGACCUCCGCAAGCACCAGCGCACGCACGGCGGGGAGCAGCCGCCGCGCAGACCCCCAGGGCUCCAGGACACGCCUGGGGCCUGGGCUUGAUCAUUCGGGGACCUGCAGGGUCGUUUCAGCCCCGGAGUCAGCUCCCCCGUCUCCGGGCGUCUUCAGACUCUGUUCCUGUGGGCCCAGUGUGAGCAGGAAGCCGGGCCCCGCAGGUGGAUCAGGGUCUGGGGCUACCACGAAGGACCGCACGCAGGGGUGCAGGAAUUCUCAGUUCAGGGGCCAGAGUCUGAAGUCAAGGCGCCUGUGGGCUGCUCCUUCAGGAGGCUCGGGUGGGGUCCGUUCCGCAGUCUCCUCCGGGCUUGUGGCCACAGGGCUCUGCCACCACCCUCUCCCCCCAGCCUGGCCCCUUCUGUGUAUCUCCACGUGUGCUCCUGUCUUGUAAGAACACCGUCAUUGGAUUUAGGGCACACUCAGUCCGGAACAACCUCAUCUUAGCUUGUUACAUCUGCAAGGACCUGUUUCCAAGUGGGGCCCCCUCUAAGGCCCUGACUGUUGACUUGGGGGACACCCUUCAGCCCACUUCGGGGGAAGCCUUGGUGGCUGUGGCCGCUUGCAGCUUUACAUGUCUCCGUCCUCCCGGGGCUGCUCUUCUCCUUCCCCCAACCUCACUGCACUUGCCGGGUGUAGCCUGAGGGGGUUCUCCAGCAUCACAGUGGUUGGGGGUCCCCCUUGCAGAUCCACGGCUGUCCUGUUGGAUGGAUGGCUGGUGCGGGAACACUUCCCUGAGACCCUUCCUUCCAACCUCCCCCGCCUGCCGGGAAGUCUGGGGGUUUCCCCAGGAGAGGUGCCAGGGCUGCCAUUGAUCCGGCCCAGGUGGCCAUGUCCCAGGAUGCAGGCUGGCCUUGGUUGCCCUUCUUUGUCUUUCUGAUGUGGCCAUGCCUCUCUGAUCGGUUCCCAUCUGUGGCCUCACACAUGGCCGAGUGGCGCAAUAAGAGGCCUUGUUUGCUGUCGCCACGAGUGGGGCAGCUCUGAAACCCCUGGGUUUCAGAAUGUUCCAUCCCAUCACUAGACACACUGUUACUUUUCCACACACCCCACACACUGGGUGUGAACUGCCCUUCUCUGCUCCCUUAAUAAACAGCGUCUGUCACUCAUCCUG